AUGGCAGGUUUUAAAAUCUUACUUACUGUCAGUAUAAUUUUAUCCAUUGUGAAUGCGAAUAGAACAGUCUUUAUUAAUCCAAAUGAUCCCUGGCAAGCAUUUGAAGGAUGGGGAACGAGCUUAUGCUGGUGGGCAAAUGUGCUUGGCGGAGUUCCGGAUGUUAGGAACUAUUCUGCAGAUUUAGUGUUCGACUUGAAUAAGGGAUUGGGGCUAAAUGUUAUUCGAUAUAAUAUCGGAGGAGGAGAAAAUCCACUUCAUCAUCACAUGAGGCUUGGGAAUGAUGUGCCUGGUUUUCUGCCAUGCGAGGCUUGUGAUUAUAAUUGGACCUCGGAUGCAAAUCAAAGAUGGAUUUUAUUUGCUGCGAGAGAGCGUGGUGCCAAUAUAUUCGAGGCAUUUUCAAAUAGCCCUCCAUAUUGGAUGACCAUAAGCAAUUGUUCUUCUGGAGGUUAUCAAAGUGCAAAUAAUCUCAACCCGAACUACUUCGAUGCAUUUGCCAAGUACCUGACUGAUGUUGUUAAAUGGUAUAGCAUACAAGGACUUACUUUCAGAACUCUAGAGCCAUUUAAUGAACCUUCUGGUGAUCAUUUUUGGCAAGAAUAUGGUAGACAAGAAGGAUGUUCUUACAGCUGUGCUGAAAUGAAUAUAAUUAUUAAAAAGGUUGGUGUUUAUCUUAAAGACAAAGGCCUCUCAAACAAGACAUCCAUUUCAGCUGUAGAUGAAAAUAUAUUCGAUCAAGAAGUUUCUACCAUAGAAUGCAUCGACAAUAACGCUAAAUCAUAUGUCAGUCAGUACAAUACUCAUGCUUAUGGAGGAAAUCAAAGACCAGAGCUCUUAAAUAUUUCAAAGCAAGACGGAAAGAAACUUUGGAUGAGUGAAGUUGGAUUAAUGGUAUCAAGAGAACCAAGUGAUAUGUCUACUAGCAUUAUUCUUUCUGAGAAAAUUCUAAACGACAUGAGGAACCUAAAGCCAGCUGCAUGGAUUUAUUGGCAAGCAAUUGAAGAUAUGGAGUAUGCCUAUGAUUGGGGAUUAAUCGGUGUAAAUUUUAGUAAUUCAACCUCUCCUCUAAAUAUACGUCUUGCAUUCUAUGGAUUCGCUCAAUACACCAAGUUCAUUCGCCCAGGAUAUCAAAUCAUUUAUUCAAAUGACAAUGAUACUCUUUCUGCAUAUCAUGCUAGCAACCAAACACUUGUUAUAGUUUGCACAAAUAAGAAUAAUAUAUCUGAAGUUUGGAGUCUUGAUGUCUCUAUGUUCAAUGUUGGUUCAUUUACCGCUUUUCGUACAUCCAGCAACAAUGAAACACUCACCAAAUUACCAAAUACAUGGAAUAUCACUAAUAGCACUCUAACCUAUUUAAGUCCAGCCAAUUCUAUAACCACUUGGGUCUUUUCUUCAACCAUUCCCAAAAAUAACUCUGCAGAUGGAAUGAAAGCAUAUUUGUAA